CGAUAAUACAAGUAUGAACAAGCGCGAAUUAUUUGAAUUGACGCCGUCCAAAAAAGAAAAUGCUGUCUUCACGAAAUCUGACACAGAUUUAUUAUUAAAGUGCACCUGGGGAAUAGGAAAUCAUUUGUUUUUGUACAAUGGCCGCCAUUACAGACCGGCUAAUGAAAAGUCGAAAACAAAACCAAGCCGUUGGAUCUAUCAAAACCAGAAGAUGCCAGAAAAGUGAGAAUUGAUCAUCUGGUCUGGGACAUUGACAUGCAGCAGGAAGAGAUGAGAGUUGUCUUAUGCGAAUCCAGAUUGAUUUUCCUGAAUGUUCAGAGUGAAUUCGGCACUGGCCGACAUGAAGAUAUGGCAGAAAAAAUGCGAUCUAACAAAUUGUUGGCUUAUAGCCGGCAGUACAGAUCGACCAUAAAGGCCUGUACCAUUCAUCUUCAGUCGCUAUUGAGAUUCUCGAAAGAUGAUAAUCAUAACCGGAUAAUGAUUGGACAGUUAGAAUUGAUGGAGAUGACAGAGUUGCUAUGGAGUUUGGCGGAAAUCAUUUUCAUUGACCAAUUAGGCCACCAAUCAGGCAGGUACAUAGUCAGUCAGCUGAUGGAUUGGUUUCAGAUGAAGUUUUACGACGGUGACAACAAAGUAAAUCGCGUCAUUAAAAGUGAACUCUACGAUAAACAUCAUCUAUACUGGGAUGCGCUGUACUCCCUGGUAUGUUUAGCUCGUAUAGAGGAGGCCAGACACCUCCUCUCGCUUCACUCAUCAUCUCACACGGAACCCUUCAGGACCAUGGAUCUUUUACUCAGUAAAAUGCCAAUAUAUAAGCACGGCCAGUACUCUCAGCAGGAGUUCUCUUUGAAAUGGAGGCAGUGGCACCUGGUCUGCGAAGAACAGGAUGAAGAUGGAACUUUCUCCGUUGAUGACAAACUUAGCGAUCUCUGCAAGUUGCUUGCUGGGCAGGACCAAAUGUUCACAAAGCUCCGUGAUUCGCUGGGAACUUGGUACUGCAUGCUGAUUUGUCGACUCUUCUACCAAUCACCACUCUGUGAGGCUACUGAUUUAAAAAUGCAUGUGCAGUUUUGCAUCGAUCAAUAUGGCGGGAACCUGGGUCUGACGGAUUGGGAUAACAUCAUCCUAUCCAUUAUAAUGAUGGACAUUAGAGAGGCCCUUUGUAUUGCAAGCACAACCUUUCCUAAUUGGUGGUUCGUGUGUCACCUGACCGACCUACUACAGCACAGUGGACACAUUGAUGAUAAGCCGGCUGGAUUUGGAUCAAACCUUAGAGAAUUUUUUAUUCUAGAAUACGCCUCAUCCCUUGUUUCAUGUCCAAGUCUGAGAGAUACAGCCAUCGGUUACUAUUCAAGCUGCCCUGCUUAUGGGAAAGCGCAUAUAGGUGACUUGGUGUUGAGAGAUUCUCUGGAGUCGACGCUAAAAGUCGAGAAGCUACUACACACCUGUAACAAAUAUCAACUGGAAAGUGAUGCCAAUAUAAUAUGCAGAAGUUUCUCAUUGAAAUGGUUGCAGAAGAAACAAUAUGCCAAUGCUCUUAUAUGGGCUGUCAGAUCUAAGGACACAAACUUUACCGCCUCCAUUGUUAAAAAGUUACUAGCCAUCGAUGCUAUAACGAUGGGCAAUAUUCUAGAGAGAUGGGAGGUGAUAGCUGAUAUUGGAGGUACUGUACACUUUAACAUCCAGCUAACUAUCUUGACCAAAUUAGUUGAAUAUAAGAGGCUCUUAGAUGAUGGGAACUUGGGAGGUGCUAUCAAUAUUUUGAUUGUUCUUUUGAAAGAGGCAGUCAUCCACCAUGAAUUCUUCCAGUUGUUGCUUGGUGAAACAAUGUCACUUCUAGAAAAAGACGAUAUUCAACUUACCUCAGAUGAGCUGUUUAAACUGAACGAAUAUGUACAAGAAUACAGGGACGCCUUAAGAUUUCGAAGGAUAAAAGCCGACGUGAAAUUGCUUGGCAGAAUGAAUGAUUCCUUUGAGAAAGUUCAUCAACGGCUGACCAAUCAGAUCGCGGCUUGCUACCUCAGAUGAACGAACCAACCAAUAGCAUCUGUUCUUACUAUCGAUUACUUUUUCACUUAGACUUUCAUUAUUUUCAACUAUUCAGUUCUUUACCAUUAUUUUAUUAUUUUGUCAUAAUAAUCUUAUUUUAUUAAUUAUAUAUUAUUAUAUCAUUAUUAUUUUUUAUCUUAAGAUGAUGUAUUUCUCUACCAUUUUCGUAAUAUAUUAUCAUUUUGAUAUAACUUUUACGACAGAAGUUGAUUAUUAAUGCAGUUAAUAACAUACAGAAAUAAAAGUUACUCUUAAAAUUAUUAAAAUAAUUAUUAUUUUAAUAAACAAAAACCCAUAUAUUUAUUAAUUAUAUAAUUUUCAUUUUAUUAUUGAUAUACUUUGACAACGCAGUAUAAGGCUAGAGUCAAUUUCAUUGCGUCACCAUUUGAAAAUGAUUUUAUGAAAUUAAUGAAAACAUCAAUAAAUAGAAAAUACGAUAAAACACAUUGAACAAAAUGUUAAAAUAAAUAAAACCAGUCAAUAAAUGAAAAAGUCUUCAAAAAAAUAUCGAAUUCUAGAUUAGCAGCCAAUCAUAUGGAAGUUUAAAACGAUGCCUAAAACGCUAGGAGCCAAUCAGGUAGAAGACUGAAUAAUUCAUAAAUCUUGGCAACCAAUCAGACAGAAGGUAACAACGCUUCAAUUUUAACAACCAAUUAGACGAAAGGUAACAUGAUGUUGACGAGAUCGGAGUAAAAACCGCCGUCAUUGUCUCCGCCCCCAAACGCCAAAAUUUGAUGGAAGCGUCCAUUCUCAUGGUGGUACGGUAGGCAAAUUAGUGCAUGACCUGUUCGUCUGGGCAGUCUUGGCUGGAGUUGUAAUCUAGUCCACGUCAACAAGUCGACAUUCAGGACGAAUAGGUCGUCAAGAACGCACUGAGAAUUGAAGCCGCCGUGGAUUACUAUCUGGUCAGUGCCCAGUGCACAAGAGGAAUGCCAGCUUCUUGGACUGGGCGGCGGACCAGUAAUUUCAGGUUGAGUCCACUCACAUUCAAUUAGAUCUAAUAUGAAGACGUCGUUGAAGCAUGUGGGAUUGUUCCAACCACCAAACACCACCAUUUUGUCGUUCAUUAAGGUCCCCGAGUGCCUUUAGAGUAGCGAUCUUUUCUUCGGCUUCGUACCCUGAACCGUCAUCCUCUGCCAUCUCUUCUCCAGACAGUCGAGAACGUAAACAUCGUCGGUAC